GAGCAGACUGGUGUCCAGAUGUGUCUUGUCCCUACAUAUUUAUCCAAGCUGCUGUCUUAUCAAUCUGCCGCGACGUCCUAUACUUGCAGUUAGCCUAUUCUCUCCCAUAACCAGCUAUCUGAAAGGCUCGUCUUUACACGCACCAUCGGACCUUUCUUCCCUCCAAUCCCGACGUAUGCAUGACCCAGCAGACAAUUGAUGUGGAUUCAAUCGUAUAUUCACACGCCGGGAUCAGACAUACCAUGCUAUCCGUAUCUGAAAGGUUGAUCUUCGCCUGUAGGUCCAAGGCCGCUCUACAUACUGCCGCACUUAUCUCUGUCUUUGUACGCAGAACCCCACAAUGAGCCGUUAUAGUGGUGAACGUGAAGGGGCUCAACAGUUACUUCCUGUUACAACCCCAGCAAAAGAUUCCGAUCAAAUUGGUUCACAGUCUGGGACUGAAGAUGACUCGAAGGCUUGGCUUGUCGCCGAUGUUUUCCAAAUCUCUCCGCGCACCGCGCUGAGGUUAUUAUGCUCCAGCAUCGAAAUCCUUGUAAAAGCAUCCACGGAAGAUUUACAAUACACCAAAAUAACCGCAGCCCCUACCGGUAUCCAGAACCCUGGUGACCACAUCUCCAGUGGCGAGAGCACACCCAUCAGCGCCUCAGAGUUGCAUUGCUUUCCAGCAAGCUACGAUAGUUUAAGACACGACCUUAUUCAACAAAGCGUGCUGUCGAAGAGAUUCCUUUCAAAACGGGUACCCCCGAUCACGCUGAGCGAGUACCUACUGCGUCUCCACCAAUAUUGUCCCAUGUCCACGGGCGUUUAUCUGGCUGCGAGCAUGUAUAUCACCAAAAUGGUUACUACUGAGAGAGUGAUACAAGUCAAUGGAAGGAAUAUGCACCGUCUAGUUCUCGCAGGGCUUCGAGUUGCAAUGAAAACGCUGGAGGACCUAAGCUAUCCGCAUAGUCGGGUAGCCAGAGUCGGCGGUGUGACCGAACGUGAGCUUUCAAAACUAGAAGUCAGUUUCUGUUUUUUGGCAGAUUUCGAUUUACGAGUUGAUGCCCAGAUGCUUUUUGAGCAGGCAAGGCUGCUUCAAGCAAGAUUGGAUCAUACUAGCAGCAUGUCUACCGAAGCAGUUGAGGACUGUUCACAUCAAGAGUGAGAGCAUGUUGACUACUUCCCUGACCUUGUUCUAUACUCCGCUGCUUGUAUAGAAGCGACAUGCGCCUGCUUGCUCAGCAUCUUUUAGGAUGUGUGAUUUUUUUGCAUAUUUCUUGAAGUGAUGCCUAGUGAGAUUGGACUGGGAUGCUUCUUGGUCGGUAACCAAACUCACCGUUUAAUGGGUAUAAAGUGGCGGUGCUAAACCACUGACGCAUGAAUUUAAGUGAGAGCAGGC